AGGGAAAUCUUCGUCUGGGAAACUGCAUUCACGCAUUCACUAUCAGGACCCCAGUACUCGCUGAUUUGUAUAGCCAAAACUCCAUUCGAGUUUUGAACUCUAUCCUCGCAAUGUACGCCAGGUGCGGCGAGUUACAUGACGCAGUCAAGGUGUUUGAGAAUAUGCCUGUGAGAGACACGGUCUCGUGGAACUCAAUGAUUUCGGGUUUUAUAAGAAAUGGGGAGCUUGAAAUGGGAUUUGAGUAUUUUAAGGAUUUGAUGACUUUGGGGGUUGGCUUGUUUGAUCAUGCUAGUUUGACUACCAUUUUGUCAGCCUGUGACAAGGCUCAACUUCUUUCUGUUAUCAGGAUGGUACAUGGAUUGGUGUUCUUGAGUGGUUAUGAGAUGGUGGUUUCGGUGGGGAAUGCUUUGGUCACUGCUUAUUUUCGGUGCAGGUGUUUAGACUCGGGGAUGCGAGUUUUUAAUGAGAUGGUUGAGAAGAACGUUAUCACUUGGACAGCUGUUAUAUCCGGGCUUGCACAAAAUGAGUUUUGUGAGGAAAGUUUGAGACUUUUUGAUGAGUUUCGGAGGGAAUCUGUUGUCCCUAAUCACCUGACAUAUCUGAGCGCAUUAUUGGCAUGCAGUGGCAUCCAAGCCCUCAUGAAAGGCAAGCAGAUUCAUGCAAUUGUUUUGAAAUUGGGGUUUCAGCCAAAUCCGUCCAUGGAGAGUGCACUCAUGGAUAUGUAUUCAAAAUGUGGCAUUGUAGAGGAUGUUUGGCGGAUAUUUGAGUCUGCUGAGGUGCUUGACAUUGUCUCUUUGACAGUCAUCCUUGUAGGUUUUGUCCAAAAUGGAUUCGAAAAAGAUGCUCUGCAAAUUUUCAUCAAAAUCAUUAAAUCCGGAAUUGAUAUUGACGCAAAUUUGUUGUCGUCCAUUCUUGGAGUUUUUGGUAGUGAUACACUUUUAAAUCUUGGAAAACAAGUUCACUCACUUAUAAUUAAGAAAGGCUUCUUGACCAAUCCUUUCAUUGGAAACGGAUUAAUUAACAUCUUUUGCCCGACACGCCAUGUAGGUUUAGUGGAGAAAGGAAUGGAGUUCUUCAAGUCCAUGCAAACAGUGUAUGGAAUGAUCCCCAGGAUGGAACACUAUGCGUCUGUCGUUGACAUGCUCGGAAGGUCAGGUCUUCUGAAUGAAGCAAAAUGCUUCAUUGAGCGGCUACCAACAAAGCCUGAUGUACAAGUUUGGCAGGCACUACUUGGUGCUUGUAGUUUUCAUGGAAAUACUGAUAUCGGAAUGCAUGCUGCCCAGCAGUGGCUUUUGGCUUCACCUGAUGAUACUCCAAUUCCAUAUGUUUUGCUGGCUAAUAUACAUUCCUCCAAAAAACAAUGGAAGGAGAGGGCAACAAUUAUAAAGAAAAUGAAAGAAACUAGGAUAUCAAAAGAGACCGGGAUAAGUUGGAUUGAAAUUGCAAAGAAAGUUCACAACUUUGUAGUUUGCGAUCAGAUGCACCCACAAUGCAAAACUAUUUAUAGAGCCUUGUUGGAGUUAUAUAGACACAUGGGUGAUGAAGGGCAGGUGCUCAAUAAGAAGCCAUUGUCUCAUAUGGAUUGUGAUGAAUAUGAAAUGUCAAGGAUUUUCAAUGUUUCAAACUAAUCACAAGCCAUUUGAAAUGAUACUCAAGCUCUACAAUGAGCAAUUUUCUGAAGAUUUUCUUGCAAAAAGGUACUGCUUUGUUAGUUGUGGAUCUGAGUCUUUAAAUUGGAGGGAGUUGCCGAGUUGGUUCCCUGGGGAGCACAUACAAGCCGUUGCAGAAAUAAAUGUGUGGAUAUUGAAACUUGUUUGGGCAUCAAGAUCUUUCACUAUCACAGUCGAUGUAUAUCUGAUGAAAAGAAAUGUGAAACCUGGCCAAAGUUAACUUUGGGAACUUCUCACUCAUUCUGUAAACUGACCAAAGCUCUGUGCUGCAGAGCUCUUUUUUUUGUCACUCAGUUGCUCCUAUCAGAAGCAUCAAUUAAUUAAGUGGUAUGAUAUAUUUAAGCUUGGGUUUGGAAAGGGAGGGGAGUGGACUGGUCGAGUAUAUGGAGGAGGAUGAAGGGUUGAUUUUUAAGAUGGUUUAAAGGCAUAAGAAUAGGGGAGAAAAAGGGGGAUACUGGUUGUGCUUUUUAGGAGGGCCGAAAAUUUGGAAGGGAAAAUAAGAGGGGAAAAGGGAUAAAAACCAAGUAGGUUUUAAGAGAUAUAACACACUCUUAUCCUCACUUGGGGUUUGAGUCUAGAAUUUAAUUAAGAUAUUACACACUCAAUUAAAUAACUAGAACCUAACACUCACACUUAAGGAAACCAACCUUAAGAUAUAGAAAUUAGGAUUUGAAAACAGAAUACAACCAGUGUAUUUCUAUCUUGAAAUGAAGAAUAAAAAUCUGAGCAUUACAAUAGGCCUAUGGCCGAAAUUUAAAGGCACUCAUACAAAGGAAAAUACUAAGCUAUUUCUUCCACAAAUCCUAGAAAAUGCAGUCAUGUGCUUGAGUCCUUUCAUGGAAUAAAAUCAGGGAAAAUGGGGACAGGGAUUCAUGAAUGAAUAUUCAUGAAUGGA